AUGACUCAAUAUUUUAAUAAAAUCCUGGGCACUCUUUUACUCUUCUCAUCUUUACAAACAAUUUCUAAAGUAGUUGAGCUUUGGAUUUGUGCUUCUCAUGUUUUUGUACACUUUGGGCUACAUCAUUAUACUAAAUCAUUUUUUUCAACUCGAUGUCCACCAUCAUAGUAAUGAAUAGUGAAUUCAUCAACCUAGGAAGUUUGUUGUGGCAAAUAAGAGGUGCAUGGCCUUCAUGAGGAUAUUAUUAAAUUGAUGAUAUUAAAUUAGAAAUUCAUUGGGGAAUGCAAUCUUGAUUAUUGUUACAUGUAUGGAAACGCAUUGAAGUCAUUGACAUAGUAUAGAAGGAAUUAAAUUAAUGAUCUUGAUCGCAGGAAAUAUCUCAUACUCAUUCAAUUUUUUGGCAAUAAUAAAAAUGUUAAAGUUACAAGAUAUAAAUAUAAUAAAAAAUUGAUUUAGAAGAUAUAAAUAUAAUAAAAAAUCUAUAUGAGAUAAGCAGCCGCUAGGUUUAAUGAUUGUGGGAUCCCUAGAUGUCGUGGCUGGUGAACCACUUCUUCUUCUUCCACGAAGAUUCAAACAAAACCAAGCUUAUAUAAUUAUUGGCAUAAUUGUUGGAGACUCAAAUGAUGGAUAUGCAAGCAUGAUAACUUAUAUGCUGUUCUAUAUCGCCAUGAAUCUGGGAAGUUUUGCUCGCAUUGUAUUAUUUGGUCUACAUACUGGAACUGAUAACAUUCGAGAUUAUGCAAGAUUAUACACGAAAGAUCCUUUUUUGGCUCUCUCUUCAGCCCUGUCUCUUAUCCCUAGGAGGUCUUCCUCCGCUAGCAGGUUUUUUCAGAAAACUCCAUCUACUCUGGUGUGGAUGGCAGGCAGGCCUUUAUUUCUUGGUUUCAAUAGGACUCCUUAUGAGCAUUCUUUCUAUCUACUAUUAUCUAAAAAUAAUCAAGUUAUUAAUGACUGGACGAAACCAAGAAAUAACCCUCACGCGCGAGGGCAUAUGCUCUAUUACCAGUAUUCAACCCUCGAAUGUUAUUCUAGCUGUCUUUUGUUUCAACUUCAAGGUUGUGUUACCGCUCAUCCCCCAGCGACUUGUUGCUGUUAAAAGAGAAAAGCACUAA